GUGUCAUGCUGAAAAUAGCUCGAGAUGGUGAAGAUGAACUGCCAACCAUCAUGAUUAAUAAAACCAUGGACAAUCUGAAAGAUGCGAUGAAAAAGGAUUCGGCAUUACGGUGACUACGACCAAUGAUGGUAGUCCUAUUCCUGGAAUCGUUCCGGCACCUGGGGAACCUGACUCUAUACCACCCGGUGUUUUUGCUGCUGCUUUCAUCACACAGUAUCGAACGGAUAUGGUACUCUCACAAGAGGAUUGCAGGGCAAAUGAAGAUCACCCGAUGCGGAAACCCAUGCCCGGGGACAGGAUCGUUUUUAUGAAACAAUUCACAAAUGAUGAAGAACUAAAAAGUUUGGACUUCUUUGGAACAGUAAAACAAAAUACAGAUAAACUAGAUUUGUGCGGUGAACAUGUGCUGGUUUUGAUGCUCGAUCCAAUGCACACAAUGUGGAAUGAGAUUGAUCGAUGUGAUAAUUAUUUCGCUCUCCGUAUCAGUUCUACUCGAAACUGUGACGAAGUACACCCACAAUGUGAAGUGAUCAGAAACGGAUGGACGGGAGGAGACAUGCGAGUGGUACGCAGGGGUACAGAUCCGCAUACUGCAGAGCCAACAGUCAGCGUUUUCGAGAACGAUGGUUCUGCUUGGAAAGAGAUUCAUAACAAGACACAGGAUACUGCUGGAAAUUUAGGCUUUGGUCGACUGUCGUUGCUGCAAAAUUUCAUUGAUCUUCACAUAGCUGCUAACCCUUCUGUUUGUGAGAAGAAUUUCACAGAAAUGGUGCAAGUUAUGGAAGGCAGCGCUGAAACCGAAGCCGAUAGCAAAGAUACCUUAGAAUCUUUACCAGAUAACUUCAUCAUAGCACAACAACAAAUGGAAAAACUCCAGAAUGGUGGGAAUAAAGAGAACGUUAAAGCUGUUCUGCAAGGCGUGUUAAGUAGUUUAAACACUGAAUCUUCAGGCUUUUUGUCUAGAUUAAAGGAGAAAAUUGUAAAACAAGCGGUUAAAAGGGGGAUAUCAGAAGCUGACGGCAGCUUGAAUGGUACUGGUCGGGACAUCUGCAAUCGAUUACCAGAGGAACUCGACCGUUUACGUUGGAUCCAUGACAAGCCUACAGAUGCAACAAACGAAACAGUAAUAUCGGUAGCAGGUGAGCUUGCAGAGGCGGUAAUCAGCAAUCCAGAAUUUCCGUGUUUAGAAAAAAUGCUAAAACGCUUUAUAAGGUAUGCGAAAGAUGCUGAAACGAAUGGUUACCCAGAUACUACGUUUCUAUUUAGCGAGGACGACGUCAAUGAAGAGGACGAUCUAUAUCAUUGCGCAAGACCCAACAAAUGUAUCCAGAAGAUUCGCAGAGUCUGUGAGACAAAGCACACGGCAGACUGGGAAGAUAUCACUGUCUCUCGCGAAGAAAUCUGCAAACUUCAUGUAAUGAAAGCCACAGCUAGAAGUCAGCACAAGUCGUUGGGCAUGGAGGAUUUACAUGAAAAAUUAAAAGAGGAUGAAGCGAAAGAAGGCAGACACUGCACUCGAGAUCCUCUCAAACCACGGAGAGAUCCUACUUUGUUUUGGAAAACAAUGACUGACGCCGAGUCCGGAAACACUUUCGUUCUCAAGGGGGUUCUGAAUUCGGACGCCACGAAAAUGGCAUGGAUGAAAGUGGCUGUUUGUAGCUGUUGUGGAGGAGACGACAGUACCGAAAGCAUGACUGAAGAAACCAAGGACUUCACGAAAAAACGCAGAAGGAAAUAAAGCAAAUAUUAAAACAAAAUAUUUUCACUUGAUAAUGACACUAAGGCCAUGUAGAUUUUCUUUUUAUUAUCAGGCAUAUGUUUUAGACUUUGGGAAAUGAAAGCGGUGUCAUGGAAAAUAAACAAUAUCUUUAAAGCUUUGAAUACAAGAAAUAAAAUCAUUGACUACGUUUUCUAACCAAAAAUAUUUGACUUUAUUGGGGAUACUGAUCAAGAAAAAUAUAUGGCCUACUUUCACACACGGACAAUAAUUCAAAAGUCCCAAAGAGUUUAUUUUAAGGUUUUUUUUUUUUAAAAAUAUUCCUUCCCUGGAUAUCAUUUAUGAGUAAAAACAAUUUACGUCAAAAGAAUAUCUAUCAUCGAUUAACCGACUAGUUAUUUAUAUUUAACCAUCUAUUGUACAGAGAUGAAUAAUAUAUUAUCAUGUACCUUUAUGGCGCGUUUUGUUGAAUAAAACAUUAAAAACAACUUCAAAAAAAAAUACUGACAAAUCUAUAGAUUUUUUAAUAUUAUAUAGUCUACCACCUUAAUGAAGUUUGGACCAUUUUAGAUAUAUUUACUUGGUCAGAAAUGUGAAAUCCGCACAUUUUUCUUGGAGGAAACGAAUCAAAAAUUCUUUUUUUAAAUUUAAAUAACCCUUAGACAAGAAUCUGCCGCAAAACCGGCAAGGUGACCAAAACGCUUAUUAGUUUGAGCGCCGUGAUUGUAGUUUCUGAGCGCUGUAAGAAAGAAAACAAAAAGCUGUGCAAUGUCCUUUUUGUGAAUUGUCUUUCACUACAAGUGACGCACUUUCAUGUAUGUCAAACCUAUCCAAAAAUUUCUAGAAAAAGAUGAAUACUAAAUGAAAGAAAAAAACGGGGGUCUAAAAUAAAUUUCUAAGUUUGCAAUGAGUAGUUGGUAAUUAAAUUAAUUAAUUCUUUUGUCUAUUUCGGCUUAAAGCUAGAAGUCAAAGCAUAUGUUGCUUCCAAUCCCAAUCACUCCUAAAAUCGAAGGCAACCCCCUGGUUCCCUCUGCCUCUCCGCGUGAGAGAACUACGAGGUAAAAUAGCAUAUAGUAAUACUUUAACAAGCGUAUACCCCGGCGAUAGGCCACUUAAUCCAUAAAUAUAAAAUAUGAAAUAAAGUACUGUUUGGCGGAAUAAAUUCCAUCAUUUAUUGUGCAUUUUAGUAUAAAGUAACUUGUAAUCUGUUUCAAAAGCAAUUGGGCAAAGAUAAACGAAUUCUCUUUCUUUAAACAUGUGUAUUUACUAAAAAAAAUAUGAAUACCUCGAAAAGUAGACUAAACUUUUUGGUCAUAAUUUUUCAGUGUUAUUUGUUGUCUCAUGCGUUUAUUCUGAAUAAUUACUUAUUGCUGUUCCUAUAGCUUUUUAAUGUAGAAAGUUGUUACACAUACUAUAACUUUUUGUUUCGUGUACAUCCAAACAGAGAUUUUUAUUCUAUCAAAGUCAAAAACGUAUCUUCGCUUGAAGUAUUAAAAUGUGACAAAUGGUACAAUAUAUAUAUAACAACGGCGAUCUGAUAUUGGCCAUAAUAUUUCAAGGAAUGUUUUAGAAAUCUUUAGCAUAUCAUUUUACAACUUGGAAGAAAGAAAAAUGAAAAAUGUAAAUUUAUAAGUCUUAGUUACCUUUCGCAGAAAUGUUAUUCCCGUUUUCUUACUGUUUAAUGAUGUUCUAAUGGUUUCAGUAGCAUAUUGUGAUACAUCUUGUGAUACAAUAUCUUGCUUAGGUAUGAAAUACAUUUAUCUUGGUUGUUUUCACCUUUAUUUUUAUAAAUCAUGUAAAUAUAAACAACAACAGAAAAUCUUGGGGUAGUGAAAUCUGAUUUAAAGGAGAAUGUGAUAGGUUUGUAUUAGCCUGGCUCCCUAGCUGCAUGGUAAUUUACUUUUAAAUCAUGACUGCAAACCAUUUAUAAGAAAAUUAGAAGCCUCUAAAAUAGCACAUUUUUAUCUGAUGGCUAAACCGUACCUAUCUUUGGAGCGACAGGCAAAAAAUGUCAAUAUAGAAAAACUUUUACCGUUAAUGAAGAAAACUUUUAUACGAGAAAUAUGACAGAACAAACAAAGGCCGGGAGCCACUCUAUGUGUGUAUUCGUUUUUACUGUUCCAGGGCGAGAAAAAAAUCCAGUAUUGAGAUUAAGAAAUGUUUAUAAUUCGCCACAAAGGCUUUUGACGGCUGUUGUCCAGAAAUUAUAUAAAAUGCUCUAAGCAAUAUAAAUAAAUAAAAUUUUGACGAAAUGUCGUAGAGAAUAAUAAUUUUCUAGCUCUUUUCCCUUUUUUAAAGUAAUUAGUUUUCAAGAAUCCAUUCGGGUUAAAAAUAAAUGGGAUUCGGGGAAACAAAAAACUGUUGUUGUUUAUGUACAUUUAUAUUAUGUGUGUUGUAAACCUUUCUGAUGUUGUAUACUUAUAAACUUUUUGACAUUUAUCAACAAUUAAACGUAAAUGAAGAGUUUGAAAUAAUUUGGAAAAAAAAAUGUGAUUGAUAUUUUAAAUUACUAAGAUGAGUGAAAAUAACAUGCUUUAUCAAGAUCAAUAUCGUAUUACAACAGUAAAUUCAAAAUAAUACUGAGAACACACGCGUAUGAUUGAUAAUCUGUUUAAACCGAAAAUGAUUCGAUU